CCCGGACGAGGUUAAGGUAAGGCUGGUGCCGGGUGCGGUGUGGCUGCUGAGGGAGGGUCUCAGGGCUGCGCUAGCUUUAGGAGAACCAGCGGGACCUGCGGGGAGCGCUGUCAAACGCGCUCACCAGGGCUGCCCCCUCGCAGGAGAGGGGGAAAAUGUCUUUUCUAAACUGUGGGUUUUCAGGUGCAUUAUCAGUCUGGAAUGCCUCCCAUUUCAUUACAUUACAUACACUUCCUAAAUGUGCAUGUAUAUAUAAUGCUUUAAAGAUCUCAGCUGCCGUAGCUUUCAGGUUUUUAUCUGCUCACCUUUUGAGAGGAGGUGCAGUUAGAGGUUUGUGGUGCAUGCUCUGCAUCUGGCACAGAGGUAAACUUGCAGAAUAUAUUUUAAUAAUUGUAAUUUCGCGUAUGAAUGUGACCGCACAUGAAAACAACCCUCUUAAGAAUUUAUAACACAACUCUCGUUAGUUUAGUCGUGCAUCAUUUCUUUGACUUCAAAAGAGGCAGUCUCAUAAUUCAAUCAGGAUUUUACUUUCCGAGUUGAAGGAUGUGAAAUAGCAUGUGAAGCUGGACUGUUUAUAGAAUUAUACAAAGAUUAAAAGAGCAAAAUCACCUCUCUUCCACAGAUUUAUUUAGAAACAGUUGUUUCAAAAUGUUGCACUUAUAUAAUUUGUCACUGCAUUCCCAAGAGUCUUGCUGAAUGUCUUGAAACCACAACUACAAUUAAAGGCAGACAAAAAAAUAACGAAAGAUAAAUUUGAACUUUUUUUGUAUUAACUGAAAAUUGAAAAAGAGGUUGUAAAUAUCGUUUAUGGAAAGCUGAUUGUAUCAACAUCUAGGUUUUAAUUCAGCCCACAAAUACUCAGUCUGUUACUGCUGAAUGUAAUUUAAAAGACUAUUCUUUGUCCCAACAUUUGGAAAAGUAGUGUUUUUCCUGUUCUUCAUGACAGAAGAUGCAAAGUCAUUAUGUUACAUUAUAUGAUUUAUAUGACUGCAUGGAAUUACCUGCAGUCAGGGUGAGCCAGGUUUUGCCUUUUGGCACAAGCCAGCAGUUUUGACUUCAUUGAGAACUGAUUUUAUACCGUGAGGCUAAAGUUUCUUUUCAUAACUUGUUUUUUUUCUAAAAUGAAAUGAAAUUUGGUAUAAAAGUGCUUGUAAAUUAAUUUGGUGUUUCCUUCAGUUAAUAGUGAACCAGUAUUUUAUCCUGGCUAACUCCAAAUUGUCAGGAGAAAAUACUUGCUGAUUUAAAAUACAGUCAAAGUAUGUUUUGUUCUUGCUCUGAAUUUUCAACUAACAGGUGAGACUCAAAUGCCCAAAUGGAGCUGAGGUUACCAAGAGCCUCUAGCCUAGCCCUGGUGUGCUGUGCUGCAGACCUGUGGUGGUGUUUCCCUGGCACUUCAUGCACCCAAGUGUUUUCCACUCACUUAAACAGAUCAAAUCCUUCUCCCUGCCCACCAGAAAGCUGAAAACCUUCCUGCCUGUAUGGGUUUCUUGUGAUUUUUCUCUUAAAAUAUUUUGUCCUUUCCUUAGAGGUUCUUAAGGGGAUAAAUGUGAGCACUGAUUCGUGGAGAAAUGACUGUGUUGAUUUGUAGAAGGAACUGUGGAAGGAAAUACUGGCAUAGUUUCCCACUUUUUAGAAUGGUAAGCCCCAGGGUUUGUGUGAUAUUAUAGGUUUUGAAAUCUCCUCAUCUGGUUUUGUGCAAUGUAGCUGAUUUCUGUGAGCUGUAGGAUUCCGUGUUCCAGUGUAUCCAAGACUGGAAUGGAGCUGAGUGGGCAAAACACUCCUGAGGCAGAAGCUGUAUCUGAACCUUCUUUUAUUGCUAAAAGUGAAGAUCGUUUGUUUAAGCAUUUAUUUGAAGACUAUCAGAGAUGGGUUCGUCCAGUGGAACGCUUGAAUGACACAAUAAAAAUCAAGUUUGGCCUUGCGAUCUCUCAGCUCGUAGAUGUGGAUGAAAAAAAUCAGUUGAUGACAACAAAUGUAUGGUUGAAACAGGAAUGGAUAGAUGUCAAAUUGAGGUGGAAUCCUGAAGACUAUGCAGGAAUAACAUCUAUCCGUGUCCCAUCAGAUUCUAUUUGGAUUCCAGAUAUUGUGCUGUAUGACAAUGCAGAUGGACGUUUUGAGGGAACAUCUACAAAAACUGUGGUAAAAUAUGAUGGCACCAUUGCUUGGACUCCACCAGCAAACUACAAAAGUUCUUGUACUAUUGAUGUAACAUUCUUCCCCUUUGACCUUCAAAAUUGCUCAAUGAAAUUUGGUUCCUGGACUUACGAUGGCUCACAGGUUGAUCUAAUUCUUGAAGAUUAUGAUGUUGACAAAAGAGAUUUUUUUGAUAAUGGAGAAUGGGAAAUAGUGACUGCAACAGGGAGCAAAGGAAACAGGACUGAUGGAUGCUGCUGGUAUCCUUUUGUUACAUAUUCAUUUAUAAUUAGACGUUUGCCCCUUUUUUACACUUUAUUUCUCAUUAUUCCUUGUAUUGGGCUUUCAUUUUUAACUGUCCUUGUCUUCUAUCUUCCUUCAAAUGAAGGUGAAAAAAUUUCACUCUGCACUUCAGUACUGGUAUCUUUGACUGUUUUUCUUCUUGUUAUUGAAGAAAUUAUUCCGUCAUCUUCUAAAGUUAUCCCGCUCAUAGGGGAGUACCUGGUGUUCACUAUGAUAUUUGUGACCUUGUCCAUCGUGAUCACUGUCUUUGCCAUCAACAUCCACCACCGCUCCUCGUCCACACACAACGCCAUGGCCCCCUGGGUGCGCAAGGUAUUUCUGCACAAGCUGCCCAAGCUGCUUUGCAUGAGGAGCCAUGUGGAUAGGUACUUUGCUCAAAAGGAGGAAACAGCCAAUGUGAAUGGCUCAGAAUCAUCCAGGAGCACCUUGGCAGCAGCUCUGGAAUCCAUCCGCUACAUUACCAGACACGUGAUGAAGGAGAAUGAGGUCCGCGAGGUUGUUGAAGACUGGAAAUACAUUGCUCAGGUGCUUGAUCGAAUGUUCUUAUGGGCUUUUCUUCUGGUUUCAAUAAUUGGAUCACUUGUGUUAUUUAUUCCUGUUAUUCAUAAAUGGGCAAGUAUAAUAGUCCCUACCCAUAUAGGCAGUACAAAUGCAUAAAAUAGUUUUGGAGCUGUGUCCUACUGAUCUGGCUCUAAGUUUUGCAGUAACUCUGUUUCCAUGCAUGCUCUUUCUAGGCAUGUUUCUGGUAGAGUGAAAAAAAAAUAAAAAUCCAGAACUAGAAAAUUAGGUUUCUCUUAAAGCAUGGCAUUCCCAGGACACACAGAAGUCAGUCUGCUUAUUGCUAGUCUACUGAGUUACUGCCAAGCCAGGUCAGAAUUAAAAAAACCUUUUCUAGCCACAGCAUGUAUGAUUUAUCAGAAAAGCAGACACUGACACCUACUGUGAUAUAGAAGGAUUUCAGUUUUUUAAUGAUGAUCGCUGUAGUCCAAUUAUUAAAUUACUAUAUAAAUCGUUAUACUGAAUAUUAAAUAUUUGCAGUUACACAGUAGAGUUGCUUAUUUCAAUUUAGUUUACAAAGGUGAAUUUUCAUCAGUUCUCUUCAGUGGGUUGAAGUCUGAAAUUUCGCCAGAAUAAUUUAGAAUAAUAAAAAUAUAAGUUAAACUUCCUGUAUAUAUAAUAUACAACUCAGAACAGCAAUUUGGCCGUGUUUGCCUUUAUAAAUUUUCAGUGGAAUUUGCUGCUAAAUUUUAAAGCUUGUUAAUUCUGUGAUACCAACAUGAGCAUUUAAUAAGCCUUAAAAUGCCUAAAGCACGUGUGUAUAUUGAUGUAUCCAUCAGCUUUGGAAAGGAAGCCAAAGGCAGUUAACUGAGUUCCCAAGGUGCAAAGUAUUCUAAGGGGCUGGAACAUUUGGAUUUCUCUACUCUUGAUGAGGAAUUUGAUACAGUGUGUGAGUUUGCAGAUAUGUUCAUUAUUUCCUGUAUCUGGAUGUUUCUCAGAACUAAGAUUUUAAGCACAGGCAGAAGGAAUUUGUGGAGCAUCUUUCUGAAGGAAAUGGGUUAUAAAUUACUGUGCUGUGGAGCCAAAUGGAGAUGAUUAAUGAUUUUCACAUUUGUUUAAUUAAAUUUGAGCGCUACCUUGGAUUAGUUCUUUCCAUUUAAAAACCAUAUGUAACUCUAAGCAGCAAGAACUUAGAGUUUUCUGAAUUUCCAUUUUCCUAAGAUCAUUGAAAAUGAACUUGCAAUUUUUCAAUUAUUCCGUUAAAAUGCAUCCUUUACACUGAUUCCAAUGCCACCUUCCUUCCUUUCUUAAUAGUUUUAUUUCUGGAAAAGACUCUAAAAUAGUUGGGUGUUUUCCUACACUAAAGUUUUUGUUGUUCAUAAUAUAAUUGCAUCCUGUAGGCCUAAUACAGGAGUAGAGCAGGCUAGAGCAAAGCUUAGGAAGCUUUUGUUUGCUUGAAUUACUACAUGAAUAAUAACAUGUUUAGGUGAGAAGUUUUAAUGUAAACUGUGGUAUCUUCAACAAUUUUAAGUUUUUAUAGUGAUUAUAAAUUUGAACAACAGGUACAAAUUUCUCCCAUGCUCCCUCCCAGAUCUGCUUUAGAAAAGCCCUGCACUAAUUAUAAUAGUGAUUACUUAUGUAAUAAUUUAUAAAUAAUUGAAUAUUUAUUUCAAAAUGUUUUCAUCUGCAGGACAUUCUUGGUUUUGUGUAGCUUUUAAAGGCUCACAGGUAGGGAAAUUAUAUCAGGCUGACCUUUUUUUUCUUUCUUUUUUUUUUUUUUUUUAAUAAUAGCAAUUAGGGAUUUACUCUUCCUCAGUUAGACAAUUACAUCUGACAUUGGAUAUCCAUUUUUCCUUUAUUCCCAUCAUAACUUUCAAGGUGAAUUUGCAAAGAUUAUCUGUUUUAAUUCAUUAAUAUAAGAGCUUUAACUUCCCAGAAUUACUGAGGUUAAACAAUGCAUCAAUGACUUUCUCUGUGUGCAAGUUGCAGAAAUACUUCAGAUAGCUUGUUUUCUCUUCAAAUACAAUAUUUCUUUUUAAAGUCUUCCGUAGGUUUGAAUUACUGAAAUUUACUCUUACCUGUCGAGAAAGCAAUGUGAGUACAACUGUAGAUUAGAUAUAGAUCUUAUUUUUUUAACUCUCCAUUUCAUCUCUUUCCCCUUGGUAAAUGAUGUCUCCAGGCUGCCCAGUUACAUCAUGACGGGCAGCACAUUGUCCAGUGGAGUCACUCUCUAUUAUAGUAGCUCACAGUUUUUGCAAAUGCAUGAAUUUCUUUUAGUGACUUCUAGUCUGAUCAUGAUAGAUUCAGAUUACACAGCUGGCACUGAAAUCCUUGGGGUCUUCUGCUUAUCAGGUGUGUGUCUGAAACAAAAGAAUGUUAAUAUACUCAGAAGCAUGGACUUUUACUUCUGUAACUUACUGCUGAAUGUAUUUAACUGUAGGUAAUACUACUUUAUAUAGCUUUCUGUCACUCGCUCAAAAUAAAUGAAAAAAAAGGCACAA